AUGUUCCACACCGUGCAGCAGGGCAGGAUGUUUUGCGCUCCACGCGUCUGGCCAGACCUUGGGGGACCUACGGUGUUGAGGACCAUGCAGAUCCUGACUUUGGUGCUUUGUAGCUGCUCAGGAAAGGCAGCAGCCCUGCCUUGGAACCUGCCAUCCAACUCCAGCCGGGAAUACCAAGCAGACCGUGUCUUCAUCCACACGGAGAGCAGCCAGUAUUCACUGCCCUGCAGCCCUAUUGACAUGAAGGUGGCUGAUCCCACCUACCAGUGGGUGCAGGACAAGGCAGCCCCCAAGUUGCUUUCGGUCACCAAAGAGGGACAUCUCCUCUUCCAACACUUCCAAGCAGGCGACAGUGGGAAGUACUCCUGCACCAUCUCCUACAAGAAGCACGGGGUCCCUGUGUCCCAAACAUUUCACUACAGCGUCUUUGGAUACCAUGUGCCCGGAGGCCUGGACAUUGUGCUGCUCUUCCACAGCACGCUCUGUGAGGAUAAGUGGACCAAAAAGUUCCUGUGGGAUCUGCAGGAGAAGUUGAGGCAGCUGGAGAUUGAGCAGCACUGCAAAGUCCAGCUCGCUGCCACCUGCUUCCCCUCGCUCAACAACCCUUCAGAUGAGUUCAUCAUCCAAGUACGGCUAGAAGUGUCCCUCUUUGGACCCCAAUGGGAUGAACCCUGCAACUCCCAGAACAUGGAGAAGGCCAUUGACUGCUACCACAAAACAGUCCAGCACAACCUUGGGCAGGUCCAACUCGCCCUUAACAGGUUCUUCAAGGAGCACAAGUCCUUCCACAUCACAAGGAAUGAUACCCCCAGCAUCAACUUCACCAACGAGUUUGUCGGCUUCCUAAAGACCGAGCAGUGCAGCGAGGGCUAUGGGCAGACCAGGGAGCUGCAAAGAUGUCUCAACUGUUGCAUUGCAUGCCCACCAGGGACGUUCAGCCCUCCUAGGGCCAGCCAGUGUUCCCCAUGCCCUGUUGGGACCUACAGCCUGAUCUACGGGGUGGCAUUUUGCACUCCCUGCAAGGACAGCAUGAUCACCAUGGUGCCAGGUGCCAGCUCCAUCAUGGACUGUGGCAAGAAGGACAGGAACCAGCAAGUUGACUCCAUCGUGCACAGGAUCCCACUCCUGAUUCUCAUCAUCGUGCCAGCAAUACUAGCCCUCAACUUUCUCUUCAUCCCGAGCUCUUGUUACUGGUUUUGUCGAGAGUACAGGGUUUUGUCAAGAGACCCAGCCCCAGGAAACAUGGUGAUCAGUUUCUUCAGGAUCUCCAGGCAGCAUCUCCAGAAUGGACCUGCUGCUGGACCUGCCAUUCUUCUCCAGCUCACAAAGCUCUCCUUUGUGAUGAAGCAGGUGAUGAGACACAGCUUUGGCAUCAGCAAGCUGAAGGCAGGGGCCAAAGCCAGCGAUGGGACUGCUGGCUUCCAGAGUCUCCAAAGCAGGGACAGUGAAGACCUGGAGUAA